CCAAAGCAGGAAACAGGCUGUGGUUGUUCUCGGUGCAGAGACACACAGACCAUCAGACUGAGCUCAGACCAAAGCAGCAGCUUCCUCUGAGUGAGUCCAGCUACAGGAGAGAAAAGUGGAAACUCCAACACUGCUGCUUCAAGCUGCUGACGCUCCACACACUGAAGCUUCACUCACAGACUCAAUGGCUUCCAGAUCAGAGGAGGAUCUCUGCUGUCCGGUCUGUCAGGAGGUCUUCAGAGAUCCUGUUCUUCUGUCAUGUAGCCACAGCUUCUGUAAAGACUGUCUGAGGAGAUGGUGGAGAGAGAGGACGACACACGAGUGUCCAGUUUGUAAAGAAAUAUCAGUGUCUGAUCCACCUUUAAACCGGGCUUUGAAGAACCUGUGUGAGUCUUUCUUACAGCAGAGAGAUCAGAGAGCUUCAGAGGAUCUCUGCAGUCUGCACUCUGAGAAACUCAAACUCUUCUGUCUGGACCAUCAGCAGCCAGUGUGUGUCGUCUGCAGAGACUCAGAAAAACACAGCGAGCACAGAUUCAGACCCAUCGAUGAAGCUGCACGACAACACAAGAAGGAGCUUCAGGAAACUCUGGAGCCCUUAAAGAAGAAGUUAAAGGUUUGUGAAGAAGUUCAAGUGAAGUUUGAUCAAACAGCAGAACACAUUAAGGUCCAGGCCCGACACACAGAGAGGCAGAUUAAGGAGCAGUUUAAGAAGCUUCACCAGUUUCUAGCAGAGGAAGAGGAGGCCAGGCUGGCUGCACUGAGGGAGGAAGAGGAGCAGAAGAGUGGGAUGAUGAAGGAGAAGAUGGAGGCUCUGAGCAGAGAGAUAGCAGCUCUUUCACACACAGUCAGAGCCACAGAGGAGGAGCUGAGAGCUGAAGACGUCUCAUUCCUGCACAGCUACAAGGCUGCAGUGGAAAGAGUCCAGCGCUGCCCCCUGCUGGAUGAUCCACAGCUGCCCUCAGGAGCUCUGAUAGACCAGGCCAAACACCUGGGCAACCUGACCUUCAACAUCUGGAACACCAUGAAGGACAUGGUCUCCUACACUCCUCUGAUCCUGGACCCAAACACUGCUUAUCCCAAACUCAUCCUGUCUGAAGAUCUGACCCGUGUGAGAUAUGGAGGAAGAGGAGGAGAGAGGAAGAAGCUUCCUGAUAAUCCAGAGAGGUUUGAUUAUUUCUGCUCUGUCCUGGGCUCUGAGGGCUUUAACUCAGGGAGUCACAGCUGGGAUGUUGAUGUUGAAGACAGUAGAUGGUGGGUACUGGGUGUGUUAGCAGAGUCUGUGCAGAGGAAGGGAGACAUAGAUUCUGGAUUAUGGAGAAUAGGGUUCUAUGAAGGUAAAUACUCAGCAUGGUCUCAAUCAGCUCAAACUGAUCUGUCAGUGCAGAAGAAGCUCCAGAGGAUCCGAGUGAAUCUGGACUGGAACAGAGGAAAGCUGUCGUUCUCUGAUCCUGAUACUAACACACACAUACACACCUUCACACACACUUUCACUGACAGCAUGUUUCCAUACAUUUGGGCUGGUAGUGGUUAUGAUGAAGUUAAGGUGUUGCCAUUGAAGGUGAGGGUGCAGCAGAUGAGCUGAGGAUGAUGAUGUUUCAGUGAAUUGAAGCUGUUAAACUGCAGCUGUCCUCCUGCUGCCUCGUUCUUCCAAAGCUCUUUGUUUCUCUUUUAGUUUCACUCUUUCUUUCUCUUCCUGCUCUCCACCUUUUCACAUGGAAAUCAUUUCACUGUUUCUCACUGAAUGACUCCCCAAACUAGAUCUGAGCUUCUACCAAGUUUACAAUCAUUCCAAGUGAUUCCUGUUUGUGUUUGAUGGAGAUGAUUUAGUUUGCUGGGAUCUGGACUGUGUUGGAGUGUGGGAAAAACAAAUGCAUAAAAGCAUAACAGCAAAUAACAGGCAUCCACAUUUAGGAAAGCAAAAAAGAAAUAAUUUAGGAGCAAUAAUAGAGAUAGUGUAGAAGUGUUUUUAUAAUCUCAAUCUUAGGUAAUCAUUUUUGAUCUUUUUUAACUCUUUUUUUUGCAGUGUAAUCUUUAUAUUUUUAAGAAGAAGUUUUGAUAAAUACUUGUGUCCACUUUGUAAGUACAAAGUAGCUAUUUUAUUACCCAUUUUUUAAAGCAUGCAAAGCUGUUCAGUAGUAGAGAAGGGACAGCAAAGUUGAUGAGUUAUGAGACUGUGUGUGUGUGUGUGUGUGUGAGACGAUCUCUCUGCUCACUGUUGACAGCAAGUCUACAGGAAGAUAAAAGCACCAACAUGCAGAAAGUUGCUGAGCGCAGAAGAAAAAAAAACUCAUACUAUGCUGAUGUGUUGGUUUUUUCUUUCUUUUUUUUCUGAUCAUUGUGAUCUGUGUUUAAUCUAUAUGUAAUAUGUGAAAAGAAUACCCCAUGUAACCCUCUUAUGCAUGUGUUGACGCAAAUGAAGGAGGGCACAUUGUUAUAUAAACACCUGUACUUUGAAAAGAAAAGUGUGUGUGUGUGCUGUUCUCUGUGUGAGUAGUUAGCUUGUAUUAGU